AAAAUAAAUUAAACCAUAAGUACAGCGUUUAAACGUCAUCCUGCAUUAGAUGUUGGACUUUUAUUAAGGAAAAAAAUUCCUAACUGAUGUAACCCAGAAGUACUUUGUUAGUGUUUUUGACAAGAUCCAAGUGUUGUUAUGUUGGCCCGGAUGUAGCCGUACUAGCCGAAACCCCAACUUGUCAUCUUAAAAUGGCCGGACUGCAGUCGUUUCGUGUAUUUUUGAAUGAGCGCCUGGUUGUGGCCGCUGUGGACAUUUUCGGGGCAGUUGAGAAAACGGUAGCUGAGCACCAAGAGGAGAAUGAUCGGCUACGGAGACAGCUGCAAAUCACGCCUGGUAGAAUCGGCUCCCUGCAGGUCUCUGUCUCUGAAGAGGAGGUUCCCCCUCAGCAGAAACACUGUGAGCAGGAGUGGAGCCCCAGUCUGGGGGAGGAGGACCCUGAGGCCAGACAGAUUAAAGAAGAACAGGAGGAACUCAGAACCAGUCCGGAGGAAGAACUGGAUCAAGGGCUCUUUGAUACCAAAGACUCCAUAUUGACUCCUCUCUGUGUGAAACAUGAAUGUGAACAGGAGGACCCACCUUCCAGAGAAACACCAGCUGAAUAUCCAUCUGUCAGUGGACUGAAAAUGUCUAAACUCCAGUUGUUUCAUGUGUUUCUCAAUGAGCGUUUGAUGGUGUCGGCAGCUGUGGAGAUUUUCAGGGCAGUUGAGAAAACUGUGUCAGAAUACCAGGAAGAGAAUGAUCAUCUCCGGAGACUGUUGAAAAACACCCAGGAGAUGCCAUUAUCUAGAAUCGACUCCCUGGAGGUCUUUGUUUCUGAAGAGGAGCUUCCCCCUGAGCAGCAGCUCUGUGAGCAGGAGUGGAGUCCCAGUCUGGGGGAGGAGGACCCAGAGCCCACACAGAUUAAAGAGGAACAGGAGGAACUCCGAACCAGUCAGGAGGAAGAACAAGAUCAAGGGGUGGCGCUUGAUAUUUUGAAGUUUAAAUUCACUCCCUCCGGUGUGAAAAGUGAAUGUGAUCAGGAAGACCCACUGUGGUCCCUGACUCCUCCCUCAACCCAGACUGUGGAGAACAGAGAGGCUGAUUUACCUCAGAGACCUCCUGGCACGGUGACCAACCUAAAGAGUCCCAACACUCCCAGUGACCCAGAACAACGAGACAGCAGCUCAUCAAUGAAUUCCAACCCACCACUGAAGAAACGUGGAUCCAAACCUACCAUGUCUAGAAAACCUCACCACUGUCGUGACUGGUUCAGACAGAAGGGAGACAGAACACACCAUCAACUGACUCACACAAGAAAGAAAUCCUAUAACUGUAAUGACUGUGGGAAAAGCUUUAGUCAGAGGGGGAACCUGACAAAACACACAAUGAUCCACACUGGGGAGAAACCCUUUAGCUGUGGUGUCUGUGGGAAAAGCUUCAGUCAGAAGGGAAACUUAACCAAACACACACUGACUCACAUGGGAGACAAGCAGUUUAGUUGUGGAAGAUGUGGGAAAAGUUUCAGCCAGAAGCAGGACCUAACCAUGCACUUACCGACUCACACGGGAGAGAAAUCAUUUUGCUGCGGCGACUGUGGGAAAAGCUUCAGUCAGAAGGGGACCCUGAACAGACAUAAACUGACUCACACAGGUGAGAAACCAUUUACCUGUGGUGACUGUGGAAAAAGCUUCAAUUCAAAAUGGCACCUUAACUUGCACAUACUGACUCACACAGGAGAGAAACCAUUUGUCUGCGGUGACUGUGGAAAAAGCUUCAGUCAGAAGGGGCACCUGAAAUUGCACAUACUGACUCACACAGGAGAGAAACCAUUUGUCUGCGGUGACUGUGGAAAAAGCUUCCAUGAAAAGGGAGACUUGAAUAGGCACCUAAGGACACACACAGGAGAGAAACCAUUUGUCUGUGGUCAUUGUGGCAAAAGUUUUAAUCAGAAGGGGAAUCUGACCACUCAUAUACAGACUCACACAAAAAACAAACAUGGCUGCCCAAUCUGUGGUGACAAAUUCAGUAAGAAGACUGAUCUCCUGACUCAUGUGAAAAAUCUCCACAAAAAAUUCAAACAAGAAAAAAACACAACAAGAAUAGAAAAUGAGGACUUGAAUUCACAGAGUGUACAAAGCUAGAAUAAUGAGAUACACCCAAAAUUGCCUGUCGAACAUUUGUAACUGUUGGUGCUUGUUCCUGUAACUAACCCCAUGGGGGGUAUCUUACCCCAGUUGCUGGAAAAAAUGCCCCUUUUUAUUAAAUGCAAAUUAAUUGGU